AAAACGGAAGUUGUUUGCACACUUUUGGUUUUAUAAAAAUCAACAAUGGUGCUGAGGUUUGUCAUUUCUCAAGUUUUUGUUCCAGCUUUAAAAGCCUGCAAUAAGACAAUAGAUGGAGGUUGGGGAACAAGCUUCGAUUGGGUUCCUAUUGAUGACGCUUUUGCCAAAGCCGCUAAAGAAAAUAAGAAAGUCAUGGUCAUUAUCCACAAGCUGAGCUGCAAAGCUUGUCGCUACCAGAAAAGUUGGUUUUCAAGAAGCAAGGCCAUCCUAAGUCUAAGCACCAACUUUGUUAUGACCAAUAUAGAGUAUUCCCAGGCUGCACUGCAUCCAAAGUACAGUCCAGAUGGAAGCUAUGUCCCUAGGAUUUUGUUCUUCGACUCGGACGGUACUUUCCUGAAGGACUUAAUGGCCCCUAGUAAAGAAGAAGGCGUCUUGUAUCACUACAGGGAUGAGCAAGAACUGCUGACCACUAUGAAGACGGCCCUUAAAGGCUAAAGACAGAUUAGAUCAAAGAGAUAUAUGACAAAGAUACAGUUUACAAUGUAUAACAAUAGUGUUUUCAAAUCAUAACUGAUGUUUUCACGUUAUUUCUGAUGUCUUGGACUAACAUUUUGAACGUUUUAUUUUGAAAAAAAAAAAGAGGGGGGGGGGGUUGAAGUAUUACUAAUGAAGAGAAUGUCUCCCAAGCUGUUGGCAUAUGUCAGAACGUAGUAUCAGGACGUUUGAUCCUCUUGGUCUUAUCAAGCUAUUAAAACAUGAGUUCCAAACUAUAGUACAGAGUUAUCAAUAGGCUCAAACAGGAUGAGAAAACCAAACAAUUCUAAAAAGUUUUCAUCCUCAUGUGUUUUUUAUAUAAUGAAUUUCAUAAAACUAAAAAAGAGCAAAUCUAGAUGGGAUAUUUUUUUUAAUUUGUAACAAAAUGGUUAAUGAAUUAUAAGUUGAUAUAGGAUUCAAGUCAACGUUAGAGAGAUGAACACCACAUGUGUGUGUGUGUGUGUGUCCUAGUGUCUUAAAGGUCGUUUUUGCUUCUAAUGAAAUUUUGUCGAAACCCCCCCCCCCCCCCCCCCCAUUUAAAUUCAAAUACUGAAUUCACUUGGGCAACUUAAAUCAAGAUAUUCUAGCAGAUGUUACAAACAAAGAAUACUGGACUACAAUGCUCGCAAUGGAGAAAAUAUAUGAAAAAAAAAGGGUUGAAAGGGUUUAAAUGAUCAGAAAAUGUUUGCCAGUGUUACAAUAGAGACACAUGUUGUUCUUAAUUAUUAUGUAACAGUUGUUUGAAUGUUGUCUUGUUUCAUAUUAAAAGUAAUGAACACUGUU